AUGCAAGUGGACACGGGCUUCACGAAAAGUAUCAGCGUACACUGGUCCCUGUUGCCUUUGAGCUCAGACAGUGUGGGGUUACACAAUUUUUUAAGUCGACCCCAGAACAUGCGUUGUGACAUUACACGCGGGGUGGAUGAGAGCAGCAUAUUCCGUUGCGGGAGUAGGCUGCUUCUGUUUCGCCGCGUAACUGCUGGGGGGGCAAGACUUGCGCAAAGAAAGGGAAAUUCGACAGCUUUCCGGGGUGCCCCAUACGGAUGCUCUACAUUGCACCCAGACAAUUUUCUCCUUUUUCUUUCUGUUUCGCUCUCCCAAAUUUCCGCGUCGUGGACGCAACACCUUGGCAGAGCAUCGGCGGAGCAUCUGCUGGUUCCGGCGAUCUCCUGGAGAAAACAGUCUCUUUCUGUCGUCUGCUUCUCUUCUGUCAAAAUGGUGUCCAAGAACAACGUCUUGCCCAACGUCCACCUCCACAAAUGGUGGCAAAGAUACGUCAAGACCUGGUUUAACCAGCCAGGCAGGAAGCAGAGCCGCAGGCUGCGUCGCCAAGAGAAAGCGGCCAAGCUCGGCGUGGUUCCCUCUGGUCUCCUCAGGCCCAUUGUCCACCCUCCCACACAGAGAUACAACCUGAAAGUCCGUGCUGGAAGGGGCUUCACCCUCGAGGAGCUGAAGUCCGUCGGCUUGAGCCCGCGCGUCGCGUUGUCCAUCGGCGUCGCUGUCGACCACCGCCGCCGCAACCGGUCGGCCGAGAGCCUGAACGCGAACGUGACUCGCCUGAAGGCGUACCUCGCAAAGCUCGUCCUCUUCCAGAGAGGCUCCAAGGCAAAGAAAGGUCUGGCUGGCAUCCCCGCUGACACCCCGAAGAGCCAGAUCCAAAACGUCAAGCACGUCAAGAUCAGCACUGCCAUGCCCAUCCCCAAGGCCAGCAAGCGCUGCAAGCCGAGAGCCAUCACGGCGGAGGAGCAGAAGUUCAUGGCGUACGCAACCCUGCGCAAGGCUCUGCGCGACUGCAAGAACGUCGGCAAGCACGAGAAGAAGUUGGCGGCUGAGAAAGAGGCGAACCAGAAGUAGGGAGGGACAAGACGAGUCAACUGUGAACCUGCAGGCGGUGUCUGUGUGUGACGCUCGCGACGCGUUUUUUGCGCAAGUGUUCUGCGUGGACGUCUGUCUGUAUUUCCACACGACAAGUAACGGUCAAGCAUGGCGCCCGGAGCAUGCGCGUUUGCAUAUGGAUGUAUGUGUAAUACACAUAUGGAUGUGCGCACCUAGGUGUCGGUUUCUGAACCUUCUCUUGAAGUAGCCCAAGACAGCAAAGCGGCUGAUCUGCC